CAGAGCCAGCACGUUCCUGACCAAGCUGUUUCUCCAGCUGUGAAAUCCCAGGAAACAGAUGGACAAAAGACAUUCAAUGGAUAAAAGGAGAGAAUUUCCACGGCAUACCGUUGCAUUAACCCUGGGAGUUACCUGUUUUGUCCUCCUGCUGGCAAGCACAGGCCUAAGAUAUAUGCUUUUUCACAGGUGUUCUGGAGACAUGAGGCAAGAUAUGAGAGAAACAGAAGAAAAUGUUUCUUUAUCAGAAGUUGAAGAUCACUCAAUUUUACCACCCCCUAUAGCAUGGGAUGAAGACCAUGACACAUUUCAAGGAAAAUGGCACUGCUGUGGAAAAAGCUGUUACCACUUUUCAAAAGAAGAGAAAACUUGGGAGGAGAGUAAGGUGUCAUGCCAAGAUCUGCAGUCUAGGCUUGUGAAGAUUGACAAUAAAGAGGAGCAGUAUUUGGGAAGGAUCACACUUCAAAGGGAAGAUGAGUCCUUCACUUUCAUGGCCAUGAGAAAAAUGGUUGAAAAAUGA